AUGGCACCUACCGCAGACGUGCUCCCCGCACCCGCCGAGCCUUCCACUCGUCCCAAUCUUCUGGUUCAGCCCUCAGAUACCAAGGUCCGCAAGGCCUCUUCCUUCCGUACAGACCAGGUCAUCAUCGAUGGUUACAAUCUCAAGAUCCAGGGCCUCGUAGCCUCGGCUCGAUACGGUCAUGUUCCCAUCCUUGAUCCAUCUGCAGCGACCCGCAAGCGUAUCGAUGACUCUGUCCAGUCUCUGGUUGCCAAGCUCAACCGCGGCGAAUCCAUCUACGGUAUCAACACCGGCUUUGGUGGGUCGGCUGACUCGAGGACCGCCAACACGCGCGCCCUUCAGCUCGCUCUGCUCCAGAUGCAGCAGUGUGGUGUCCUUCCCGUCCCUUCGUCCUUCCCAACGGGCGAGCCGAGCUCAGCACCCUUUGCGCUGCCCUUGACUGACACCGAGUCCUCCCUCAUCAUGCCCGAGGCGUGGGUCAGAGGUGCCAUUGUGGUCCGCCUCAGCUCCUUGAUGCGUGGUCACUCAGGCGUGCGAUGGGAGGUGCUCGACAAAAUGCAGAAGCUCUUCCUCGAAAACAACGUCACUCCUGUCGUUCCCGUCCGGUCCAGUAUCUCGGCCAGCGGUGAUCUCAGCCCCCUCAGCUACGUAGCAGGUGCCCUUGCCGGUCAGCGCGGCAUCUACUGCUUCGUCACCGACAAGAGCGGCCAGCGCAUCCGAGUCACCUCCGACGAGGCGUGUCGCAUGCACAACAUCACUCCGGUCCAGUACGAGCCCAAGGAGGCGCUCGGCUUGCUCAACGGUACCGCCUUCUCAGCGUCCGUUGCUGGUCUGGCCACCUACGAAGCUGACAGGCUGGCGACCUUGACCCAGCUUACCACUGCUAUGGCUGUUGAAGCUCUCAAGGGUACCGACGCCAGCUUUGCUCCCUUCAUUCACGAGAUCGCCCGCCCUCAUCCUGGACAAGUCCAAAGCGCCAAGCUCAUCCGCUCUCUGCUUUCCGGAUCCAAACUCGCAGAGCACCUCGAAGACGAGAAGCACGUCUUGUUCUCUGAAGACAAUGGCACGCUCCGUCAGGACCGAUACACGCUUCGCACAGCAUCGCAAUGGGUCGGACCCGGGCUCGAGGAUAUCGAGAACGCCAAACGUUCCGUCGACAUUGAGAUCAACAGCACCACCGACAACCCAAUGAUCGACCCCUACGAUGGCGAGGGCCGCAUGCACCAUGGAGGCAACUUCCAAGCCCAGCAAAUGACCAACGCCGUCGAGAAGAUCAGGCUGGCCUUGUGCGCCAUGGGCAAGAUGACUUUUCAGCAGAUGACCGAGCUCGUCAACCCUGCCAUGAACCGUGGUCUGCCCGCCAACUUGGCCUCCACCCCGGAUCCCUCGCUCAACUUCCACGCCAAGGGUAUCGACAUUGCGCUUGCCGCCGUCACUUCUGAGCUCAUGUUCCUGGGCAACCCGGUGUCAACGCACGUGCAGUGUGCUGAGAUGGGCAACCAAGCCAUCAACUCCCUGGCUCUCAUCAGCGGCAGGCAGACGCUGCAAGCCGUCGAGUGUCUCUCGAUGAUCCAGGCAUGGUCGCUAUACCUGCUAUGCCAGGCGCUCGACAUCCGAGCUCUGCAGCACAAGGUCGCCGAGCAGCUACCCGCUCUCAUCCUCGCCUCGCUCCACAGCCACUUCAACGAGUGGAUGGACGAGGCCAUGCAGCAGCAGAUCGCCGUCCUGGUGCUCAAGCAGCUCAGCAAGCGUCUCGACGAGACCUCGUCCAAGGAUCUGCGCGAUCGACUCAUCGAGACCUUCCAAGACGCCUCGUCGGUGCUCGUCAAGUACUUCUCCGAGCUCCCUAGCGGCGGCGGUGCCGACCCUCUGCGAAACAUCGUCAAGUGGCGUGCCGCCGGCGUUCUGGGAACGGAGAAGAUCUACCGUGACGUGACCGUUGAGUUCCUGGACAAUCCCUACGCGUGCCAUGCCAGUCACCUCCUCGGCAAGACCAAGAGGGCCUACGAGUUUGUCAGAAAGACACUGGGUGUCCCGAUGCACGGCAAGGAGAACCUCAACGAGUUCAAGGGCGAGUUCGAACAGUGGAACACGACGGGUGGAUAUGUCUCGGUCAUCUAUGCUAGUAUCAGGGACGGCGAGCUUUACAACAUGCUCAGCGAGCUCGAGAAGGAUCUGUAA